GCACUCCAUUAGGGGUGUCCCGGAUAUCAUUUUUCAGUUAUCCGACCGGAUAUCGAAUACUCGGAUAUUUAAAAAUUAUCCGGCCGGAUAAUGUUAUUUAACUUAUAUAUAAAUAUUAAAUUAAGACAAAAGUUACUGUAAUAACCUUUCAAAAUGGCGAGUUUUGUAUGGAAACUUUUUAAAAUUAGUGAUAGCUGUGAUUCCAUUGCUAUUUGCAUUUCAUGUGGAAAGCAGAUAAGCAGGGCGAGUAGUAAAUCUGGUCAGCAGUCAUUUUCUACAACUCCGCUGCAUAAUCAUGCAAAAAAAUUUCAUUGCAAAUUGUACGAAGAGGAAAAAAAUUAUAAAAUGGAAUGUUCUUCAGCUGCUCAAGGAAGUUCAAAAUGUAGUUCAUUGAUUUCAAAGAAGAAGUGCGAAAUGCAAAAAUAGAUGUCUGUUGAAGGUAGUUUUACAUCAAAGAAGAUAUGGGAUAUUAAUGAUGAAAAGUCUAAGCAAAUUCAUAGAAAAAUUGCUAUUAUGAUUGCUUUAGAUAAUCCACCAUUUAGUAUAACCGAAGAUGAUGGAUUUAUUGGUUUAAUGGCUUUUUUACAACCAUAAUACCUAAUCCCAAGUAGGCAUUAUUUUUCGGAGACAGCAGUUCCUCUAUUGUAUGAUCAAAUUAAAAAAAAGGUUUUUAAUGAAAUUGCUAAGUCACAGUACAUAAGUUUUACUUCAGAUAUUUGGACUUGUCCGACAUCUCAUGAAACAUUUAUUUUCUUAUCAGGACAUUGGAUUAAAAAAAAUUUUGAGCACAAAAAUGCUUUACUCUAUACUUCACAUUUUCCAGAAGCUCACACAGGGAUAAACAUAGCUGGAAAAUUUAAAAAUAUGUUAGAAAGCUGGAAAAUUAAUACACCAAGAAGACAUAUUUUAGUCAAAGAUGGUGCUGCUAAUAUGUCACUAGGCAGUAAACUUAUUCAAAUAUCAUCAGUCCAUUGCACAAUCCACUUAUUGCAACUCGUGAUAAAGGAUGCAUUUUAUCCCAAAUAUUAGUGAUAGAUUUAUUAGCUAAAGCACGUCGAAUAGUAGGCCACUUUAAUCAUUCAUCAAAGGCAUGUACAGAAUUUAAGUUACUGCAACAAAAACAAAAUGAAAAUACACCUCUACUUUUGGUUCAAGAUGUGCCUACUCGCUGGAAUACAUGUUUUUUUUUUAUAAGCAUAACGUUUAUAAGCAUAUGGAGGCUCAGAUUUGGAAAAAAAUAAGCAUAUGUAAGCCUAUUCCUGAGCCUUGAUAACCCAUUUAAAAGAUUUAAAUUUUAUUAAAUUAAAAAUUUUAAAUAAAUAUAUUUCUAAAUUUAAGCCUACAAAAACAACAAAAAUCGAAGUUUAUGUUUUGCAGUGCAACGACUUUAUGAAGUAAAGAAGUCAUUGUAAUGCAAAAUCUAACAAAAUCUAACAAAAGCUUGAUAAAUUUGUUCUUUUGCUGGACAAUAUGAAGGGACAGAUGCAGGAGGAUUUUAAAGAUGCUGUGGCUGCUGCUAAAGGACUUCUCUGGUACGGUCUACCAAGUGCCACUGACCUUUGGCAACCAGUUGAUGCCGGAUAUGCUGCAUUCUGAAAAGGCUUAUUGCCAUUGAACAUCAAAAAUGGCUUGAUAGAGAUAAUCAUUCUGAUAGAUGGUUCAGUAAUGAAAUGCCCUACACUGCAAAAGAGAGACGAAUUUUGAUUACACAUUAAGCAGGGGAAGCAUGGAAAGCUUUAAACACUUCUAAGUAUGACAAGCAAAGGAAGACAUGUUGGACGAUGACUGGGUGUUUAAUGACUUCUGAUGGCUCAGAAGAUUCGCUUGUUAAACCAGAGGGCCUUGAUAGUUACAAAGUGCCCCCACCAUCCAUCAUUGAUCCUGUCAGUGAUCAACCCAAGGGAAAUCAAAGUGAUAUUCAACCGGUGGAGGUAGAUGAUGCUAUAAAUGAAGAUGCCAACGAAAUUCUUCCAGAUGACACCUUUAUGGGUCCGGACGAGAAGGAAUGCGAAGUUCAUAUCUUUGAUUUCAUUGAUAACAUUUGUAUAUAGUAUAUAUUUUUUAUUUUUUAUUAUACUGUACAAAAGUCAACUUUUUAUUUUUCUUAUAACCUUUAGUAACGCGCGCACUUUUAGAAAGUAUUGAAAUAAGCAUAUUUUAUUAGAAAUAUGCUUAAGUUUAAGCAUAUUUUUGAGCCUCUUUUAACUUUUUGCUUAAGCAUACCCGAGCCUGUUUCAAAAAUUUCUUAUGCUUAUAAAAAAACAAACAUGUAGUGCGUACUUAAUGUUAAAGCGACUUCAAAAACUUAAAAGAGCAGUUCAAAUGUAUUUAGCUGAUCAUAAUGAAUUGCCAACAUUUGCAUCAAAUGAUUGGAAAUUCAUUGAAAAUUUAUUAUAUAUUUUAAAGCCUUUUUAUGAACUUACUAAUGCUAUGAGUUCUGAACUUUGUAGUUUAUCAACAGUAGUUCCGAAUAUAUGUACUUUACAUUUGAUCAAAAAGAUGAUGCAGUUCAAAUAACAAAACAACUUAUAGAAUCUUUAAAUAAGAGAUUCUUUUCUCAUGAUAAUCUCAAUAUAACAGAUGAUGAAAGAUAUGUUUUACCCACCAUUAUUGAUCCUCGCUACAAGCUCAAAUUUCUUCCUGUUGAUAAGAGAGGACAAGCAAGAUCAAUGCUAUUAGAUGCCGUAGUAAAAAAUCAAAGAAAUAUAACUGGACUUUCAGCAGUUGUUAUUAAUAGAGCUACCAGCUCCACCACCACCAUCUCCAAUCAUUUAACGCCAAAUUCCAAAAAAAAAAAAGUUGAUUUGGAAGAGAAUGACUUUAACUCCUGCUUUUUAGAACUUGCAGAGUAUGAAGGAAAUUUAGAACAAAAUAGUGAAACAAAUCCUGAUCAAGUCUCGCUUGUGAAAGCUGCUCAAGAAGUUGAUUUUUUCUCUAAUAACUCGAUUAUAGAAAAAAAAGAAGACGUUUUUAAUUACUGGAAACAUGAAGAGAAGUUUCCAUUCUAAAAGAGUUAGCUCUUAAAUUAUUAGCACCUCUAGCAUCCUCUGUAUUUUGGGAGCAAUUGUUUUACGAAUAUGGAGAUAUUUUUGAGAAAAAGCGAUCGAGGCUGUUACCUCAAUGUGGAGAAAUGUUACUAUUAUUCAUUAUAAUGGAAAUAAAUUUAUAAAUAAGUGAUAAACUGAUGUGUUUGUUGCGUUUAAGUUUAAUAGUAUUUGAAUAAUAAAUUGUUAUUAAUAAUAAUAACAAUUUUGAAUAGAAACCAUUAACAUUAGAAUAUUUAAAAAUAUAACAUUUCUUGGUUUAUUAAAUCUUUAAAUUUCAACUUGAAAUAUCCGGUUUAUCGAAAACCGGAUAAUGUUAUUAUCCGGCCAGAUAACGGAUAUCGAAUAAUAUUGAUAUCCGGCCCGGAUAUCCGGCCGGAUAGCUUAUCCGGGACACCUCUACACUCCAUUGCGUCAAUCAAUUCCCUUUUAUUUAGUUGUAAAUAAUAUUGCUACUAGUGCUAGUCUUUUUUUAUUUUAUUUUUUAUUUUUAGCAUGAACUAUUCAAAAGAUUU